AUGUCAAGUUUGAGAAGCUCAAGAUCUCCAAGUCCAAGGAAACCUUAUAUGAUGGAUAGUCCUUUAAGGAACCUCAGUAAAUUCAUACCAGAAAAUAUCAAGUCACAUUUUGAAGGCAAGAUAACUCAAAAUGCCUGUAUCAAGAUAUUUGAUAGACAAUCUACAUUAUCAGAUUUCCCCUCACUGGAAUCAAGUCCCAAAUAAAAUGAUGUUUACAUCAAGCAAGAAGGUAAUUGAGGAUAUUAUACCAAGAUUCCCUCUAAAAGAAUCAAUAAAGAAGAAAUUCGAGAAAGUCAAGAGUAAACGGUAUCAAAAAUUAUCUCGACAUUCUAUUAAAGAGAAAAAGAGGUCAAUGCCACCCAUCCGUCCAAUAGAAGGUAGCAUUAGCUACCCCUACAGUGGAGAGAAAGUUGUUGAGAAACUUAAGAAAAAUCUUCAAAAAUUCAGAGACACUCAAAACAGAAGCCAUAAUGACAUGCAUCAGGAGUGAUGAGAGAAGAAGAUCAAGAUAAUUACCCCGAUUAAGGGUCUAACUAUCCUUAAAAAGGGCAAAAUGAAGAAUCUGAGUCAAGUCUCAAAUGUUAUCCAAAACUGAGUCCUAUCCAUCGAUACAUCAAGAUAUCUUAAUUUACCAUCAGUACAUCACUUUCCUAAAAUGAGGAAGGAACAGAAAAAUGGACCUAUAGAAGCAGAAAUCCUUAAAAAUGAGGAGAAGAAUAAGAAAACUGAUGGGAAAAAGCACCGAAGGGCUAAAACCCGUAUCUAUAGGACAAGCGACAGCUAUGAGAGCUCCAGCUCUGAAGACAUUGAUUACGAUAAGAGAUAUAAAGAAAUUUUGAGAGCAAACAACAAGAAUAGGGAUGAAUUCGAUGAUUUAUUGAUAUAA